UUUCCUCCAGGCUUGGAUUGGAAGGUGGCAUGCCCUUCCUCCUGCCCCGCCCUGAUCUGGAAGGAUAAAUGGAGAGGGAACCUGAGGCUGGGUAGAGAAGAUCAAAGACAGCUACAGUGAUCUCUCCCAGACCAGAAGCAGAGUGUCCAAGCCACUAGAGACCUCAAGCUCCUGGAAUGGGCCUACCUUCCUGCUCCCAGGUUCCUGGCUUGUUCUGCACCCUGCAACCCUAUAGGCCUAGCCCAGCCCUCACCUCCAACUGGGCCUGCACUACUCCUCACUGUGUCCAAAUGCUGAAGCUGCUGCUGCUGACACUGCCCCUCCUGUGCAGUCUGGUGCAUGCAGCCCCUGGUCCAGCUCAGCCACGAGAGGGCAUUGUGGGGGGACAGGAGGCACCUGAGAACAGGUGGCCCUGGCAGGUGAGCCUGCGUGAAUAUGACACCUACUGGAGGCAUAUCUGUGGCGGCUCCCUCAUCCACCCACAGUGGGUGCUCACGGCGGCACACUGUGUGGGACCGAAUAUCAUUGGCCCCAACAAGGUCAGAGUAACACUCCAAAAGAAGUACCUCUAUUACAAUGACAACCUGCUGACUGUGAGCAAAAUUAUCACACACCGGAACUUCUACAUCGCCCAGAAUGGGGCAGACAUUGCCCUGCUGAAACUCACAAACCCUGUGAACAUUUCCAGCAACAUCCACCCUGUCUCCCUGCCUCCUGCCUCCAUGACCUUCCCCUCAGGAACACUGUGCUGGGUGACAGGCUGGGGCUACAUUGGAGAAAAUGAAAAGCUGCGGAAUCCAUUUCCUUUGAUGGAGGUGCAAGUUCCCAUUGUAGGAAACCACCUGUGUGAAUUGAAGCAUCACAACGGUAGCAGCACAGGUGACCAUGUCCGUAUUGUCCGUAACGACAUGCUGUGUGCUGGAAUUGAAGGACGUGACUCCUGUUGGGGCGACUCUGGAGGACCUCUGGUCUGCAAGGAAAAAGAUACCUGGCUGCAGGCAGGUGUGGUGAGCUGGGGCGAUGGCUGCGCACGGCCCAACAGGCCUGGCGUCUACACCCGUGUCACCUAUUACUUGGACUGGAUCCGCCGCUAUGUGCCCAAGGACUUCUGAGUCGCAUCCAGGGUGACCUCUGUUGCUCCCAACAUUCUGCUUCCUGCCCGGGUGGCAUCCCUGCUUUCCUCUCCUGCUCCCCAUGCUGAGCCCCAACUCUGCUCUACCUAAGCCCCUGACCACCCAUGUCCUCCCACUCAGGUAGCUACACUGUGCAGGUGGCCACUCUCUGCUGUGGCUCAAUAAAAUGCAUUAAAGCUGC